AUGGGUUCUGAAAAGUAAAUUAUAGUUUUCAUAUAAGACACAAGAAGGAAAAGAAAGAGAAGAAAGAGAAGAAGGAAAAGAAAGAGAAAAAAGAAAAGAAAGAGAAGAAGGAAAAAAAGGAAAAGAAAGUAAUUGCAUUCUUAAUUAAUGAAAAUAGGAAUCAGAUGCUGGUAAAAAGAGAUCAAGAAAUGUGAGUAAGGAGAAAGAUAAAAAGAGGGAAGAAUUUUAGAAACCUAAGGCACCAACUAAAACAAAUGCAGAAUAAUCAAGGGGGUAAAUUAAUUAAAUAAAAUUGAAAGAUUUCGUUUCGAUUCUCCGCCAAAGGAUCCAUUAUAGAACACUCCUUUUUCAAAUUUUAAGAGCAAACUAAUAGAUCAAGUGUCUUUGGGAGAGUUUGAGAGUACUAAGUUGUUAUGAAUUAAGCCAUACUUCCUGCGAAUCCUCUUUAGAAUCCCUUGGCUUCAUUGGAAGCUCUUUAAGCAAUGACACCAUUAAUUUAGAUGCAAAGAUUACAAUAAUUGAGAGCGUAGGCAGAUGUGAAGGCUGAUAGAAAACUCUAUGUUGGAAAUUUGCCACCAAAUAGUCAACCAAAAGAAGUAUAAAUGGUUAUGGAUAUAUUAAAUUAGCUUUAAGAUUUCUUGAAUUAGACGUUAUUAAAGAUGGGAGUAAGUUCUGAACAUGCAGGUUCUAUUUGCAACUGCUGGAUAGAUUCGAAUGGUUUGAUUUUGAGAUUUAUUAUUUAGGACAUUUUGGUUUUAUUGAGUUCAGAUCCCCUGAAGAAGCAACACAAGGUUUUAUUUUGAAGGAUGUGAUAUUUAAAGGGCAUCAAUUGAAAAUUGGUAGACCUAAGUCAUUUUUGACUUCCUUAGCAGCUGUAAACUAAUAAAUGAUGAGUGAAUAAGCAUGUAAUUAUGUAAUGUGAACUUAAGUUAAUCCUUUGAGUAGCAUGAAAGGAAAUGAUAAGGAUCCAUCUUCACUUAUUAGUUUCAGACCACUUAAGUUAAUGGCCAGAUAUGUGUAAAUACCUACUAAUAUUUUAGUUAUCAAAAAUGUCCUUACUCUUGAAGAUGUUAAUAUUUAUACAAAUAUAUAGGUUACGAUAGAUGAAGAAUUUAAUGAUAUAAUGGAAGAUAUAAGAGAAGAAUGCUCUAAAUUUGGAACUGUGAAAAAUGUCAUCAUUCCAAGACCUGAAUUCGGUAAAAUAAUCGUAGGAGUGGGCAAAAUCUUUGUGGAAUAUGAGAAGACCUAAGAAGCUAGAACUGCCAGAAGAUAUCUAGCUGGUAGAAUGUAUGGUGAUAAAACAGUUGAAUGUGAAUAUCUAUCAAGGGAGAAGUGGGCGAAACGAUAAUUUACAGAUCUUAAUGAGGAUAUCCUUAGGGAUAGAGAGGAACAAUAAAGAUUGGAUCAAUUGGAAUAAGAAAGAAUAAAAAAGUAAAUGCAAGAGGAAAUGCUUCAAGGGAAUUGAUUUAUAUAUACAGAC